GUGAGGGCACAGGGGUCAAUGCAAAUAGUGGCAUUAUUAGUGGAGUCCUAGUGAAUGUUGGAGAUCUCGCAAGAGUGGGAGUCUUUGCCAUGCGGCAGUAUAUUUCAGAAUUUAUGCCAUUAGUUGUUGAAACUCUACUGGAUGGGGCUGCCGUUACCAAAUAUGAAGUGGCUGUUUCAACACUUGGUCAAGUUGUACAGAGUACAGGAUAUGUCAUUACUCCAUACAAUGAGUAUACUCAGUUGCUUGGGUUUCUCUUGAAACUGCUCAAUGGUGAACUGGCUUGGUCAACAAGAAGAGAGGUUUUGAAGGUUCUUGGCAUCAUGGGUGCUUUAGAUCCCCAUGUGCACAAGCGCAAUCAGCAAAGCUUACCUGGAUCGCAUGGUGAAGUUACAGGGGUGACUGGUGAUCCUGGUCAACAUAAAAGAUUAAUGGAUGAAUUGCCUAUGGAUCUCUGGCCAUCCUUUGCAACAUCUGAGGAUUAUUUUUCCACUGUUGCUAUCAACUCACUCAUGCGGAUUCUCAGGGAUCCAUCUCUGUCAAGUUACCACCAGAAAGUGGUUGGAUCUCUUCUGUUUAUUUUCAAGCAUGUCACAAACAGUGCACCUGGUUGUCCACACCCAGCAGACCCUCCCAUUUGCACCCUUUUACAGAGCAAAGGUGACAGAAAAAGAACCUGA